AUGCAGAUGCUCAAACUUUUCCCCAUUGUUGCCCUACUUGGCUUUGCUCACGCUCAGAGCGAUGAUCGAAGCGCUUGUAUUGCUAGGGAAGCGCAGGCGUCGCUGGACUCGGCGCCCGCCGAUGCGGACAUUGCCAUCUGCUACCACGGCCACAACAGCGCCUACACCAACGACGGCAACACUGUCAAGGAUGCCGACGUCUUUGGUGGACUGCGCUGGGCGGAUUGCAAUGGAAUCGGCAUCGACUGUUUCUGGAUGAGCGGCGGCGGCAAGUUGGGCGAAAACAUCUUCCAGUACUGGGGUGACGACGGUCCUGACAACCUCGCCUUUGUCAAGCGCAACGACAACUGCGAAUACCACCCCGAUGACAAGAUCAUCUACUGCCACAAUUGA